GGCGCCAUGGCCGAGCGGGGCCGCCUCGGCCUGCCCGGCGCGCCCAGCGCACUCAAUACCCCGGUGCCCAUGAACCUGUUCGCCACCUGGGAGGUGGACGGCUCCAGCCCAAGCUGUGUUCCCAGGUUGUGCAGCAUGACUCUCAAGAAGCUGGCGGUGCUCCGGGAGCUGGAGAAAGAGCUCAUGUCCAUGGUGAUUGCUGUCAAGAUGCAGGGCUCCAAGCGUGUUCUCCGAUCUCAUGAGAUUGUGCUGCCCCCUAGUGGACAAGUGGAAACUGACCUGGCCCUGACGUUCUCUCUGCAGUAUCCUCACUUCCUGAAGAGAGAAGGUAACAAGCUCCAGAUCAUGCUGCAGCGCAGAAAGCGAUAUAAGAACCGGACAAUCCUGGGCUACAAAACACUGGCUGCAGGCUCCAUCAACAUGGCUGAGGUGAUGCAGCACCCCUCUGAGGGUGGCCAAGUGCUGAGCCUCUAUAGCAACAUCAAAGAAGCCUCUGUCAAGGUGGCUGAGAUCUGGAUCGUCUCCCUGUCCAGUCAGCCCAUUGACCAUGAGGACAGCGCCAUGCAGGCUGGCCCCAAGGCUAAGUCUACAGAUAACUACUCUGAGGAGGAGUACGAAAGCUUUUCCUCUGAGCAGGAAGCCAGUGAUGAUGCUGUUCAAGGGCAGGAUCUUGAUGAGGACGACUUUGAUGUGGGGAAGCCCAAGAAGCAGCGGCGCACGAUAGUAAGAACGACGUCCAUGACCAGGCAACAGAACUUCAAGCAGAAGGUCGUGGCGCUGCUACGCAGGUUUAAAGUGUCAGAGGAGGUCCUAGAUUCGGAACAGGACCCCACGGAACAUGUCCCUGAGGUGGAGGAAGACCUGGACCUUCUGUAUGACACGUUGGACGUUGAGAACCCCAGUGACAGUGGCCCCGACAUGGACGAUGAUGACAGUGUUCUUAGCACCCCCAAGCCCAAGCUCAGGCCAUACUUUGAAGGACUGUCACACUCCAGCUCACAGACAGAGAUCGGGAGCAUCCACAGCACUCGGAGUCACAGGGAACCUCCAAGCCCGGCGGAUGUGCCCGAAAAGAUGCGGUCUCUGGGAGGCAAGCAGCCAAGUGACAACGUUUCCGACACUGUGGCCCUUGUAAGCAGGCAGGAGGAGAGUACACCAGCCCUACGGGAGUCACCAGGGCAGCCCGAGGACAGCCCAGAGGCUGAGACCUCUACCCUGGAUGUAUUCACCGAGAAGCUGCCACCCAGUGGGAGGAUCACCAAGACUGAAUCACUGGUCAUUCCCUCCACCAGCAGGUCAGAAGCAAAGCCAGCUGGCCGCCGGGGCCGGAGCACAUCACUAAAGGAGCGGCAGCCAGCUCGACCACAGAACGAACGGGCCAACAGCCUGGACAAUGAGCGCUGCCCAGACACACGGAGCCAGCUGCAGAUCCCCAGGAAGACCGUGUAUGACCAGCUGAACCACAUCCUCAUCUCUGAUGACCAGCUCCCUGAAAACAUCAUUCUUGUCAACACUUCUGAUUGGCAGGGUCAGUUCCUCUCAGACGUCCUGCAGAGGCACACACUCCCUGUGGUGUGCACAUGCUCUGCUGCUGAUGUGCAGGCAGCCUUCAGCACCAUCGUCUCUCGGAUACAGAGAUACUGCAACUGCAAUUCUCAGCCCCCGACCCCUGUGAAGAUCGCCGUGGCUGGAGCACAGCAUUACCUCAGUGCAAUCCUGCGGCUCUUCGUGGAGCAGCUGUCCCAUAAGACGCCAGACUGGCUCGGCUAUAUGCGCUUCCUCAUCAUCCCGCUGGGCUCCCAUCCUGUGGCCAGGUACCUGGGCUCCGUGGACUACCGCUACAACAACUUCUUCCAGGACCUAGCCUGGAGAGACCUGUUCAACAAGCUGGAGACCCAGAGCACUGUGCAGGACACGCCUGACAUUGUGUCACGCAUCACACAGUACAUCUCUGGGGCCAACUGUGCUCACCAGCUCCCCAUUGCAGAGGCCAUGCUGACCUACAAGCAAAAGAGCCCUGAUGAAGAAUCCUCUCAGAGGUUCAUUCCUUUUGUUGGGGUUGUGAAGGUUGGAAUUGUGGAACCAUCCUCAGCCACAUCAGGUGACUCAGAUGAUGCAGCUCCCUCAGGCUCCAAUGCGCUCUCUUCCACCCCACCUUCUGCGUCCACAUCUCCUGCAGCCAAGGAGGCUUCACCCACUCCACCCUCCUCCCCUUCUGUGAGUGGAGGGCUGUCCUCCCCCAGCCAGGGCACAGGUGCCGAGCUCAUGGGGCUGCAGGUGGACUACUGGACAGCAGCACAGCCCCUGGACAGGAAGAGAGAUGCCGAGAAGAAGGAUCUGCCCACCACCAAAAACACGCUCAAGUGCACUUUCCGGUCCCUCCAGGUCAGCAGGCUGCCCAGCAGCGGCGAGGCCGCAGCCACAGCCACCAUGUCCAUGACCGUGGUCACCAAGGAGAAGAACAAGAAGGUGAUGUUUUUGCCCAAGAAAGCAAAGGAUAAGGAUGUGGAAUCCAAAAGCCAGUGCAUCGAAGGCAUCAGCCGUCUGAUCUGCACAGCCAAGCACCAGCAAAACAUGCUGAGGGUCCUCAUCGACGGCGUGGAGUGCAGCGAUGUCAAGUUCUUCCAGCUGGCUGCCCAGUGGUCCUCCCAUGUGAAGCACUUCCCCAUCUGCAUCUUUGGACACUCCAAGGCCACCUUCUAGCUCUACCCAUGGAGGGAGCUGGCGCAGGACAGUGGAGGAGCUCAUUUCCUGUCCUGUGUUGUCCACUGAUGGAGGGCAGCUGUGUUUCUGUUAGCACUUGGUUACUACAGAGACAGACUCUUAAAAACACAAGGAAACAGUCAAGUAUGAAUGUGCUUACAACCCACAAACUAAGGGGAACAUAGCUCCCUGUAGGGUGCCAAGUAACUUUGCUCUGCUUAUUAACCAGAAUGUCUGGCUGAGAGGGGAGGAUGGACAGUCAAGCAAGGUACAUUCUGAUCUCAGGAUGCCCCAGAACCACAAGCAAGAAAUGGUUCUUGGCUUCAUGUUAUGUCCUUCCCUGAAGUCAGGACUCUGCUUCCUCAGGGAGCCUGGAGCAGGCAAGGCCUGGGAGCUUGGUAGAAAGAGGCUGAGGGUUAUGAGCUUACUCAGUCCCCUAGCUAGGGACAGCAACCCCCAACACCAUCCAGGCGUGGCUCCCAAUAAAUUCUAGCCCUGUGGUAGAGGUUUUAUAGAAGCAGACCUUUCUAAUGCUCUCAAUAUAUGUGCUGACAUAGCUGCCAAAAAGAUGUUGCUCUCUCCUGAAGUUCCCUUGGGCUAGGAGGAGCCAGUAAGUCCCACCCAUCCACCCCUUUGCUACAGUGCAUACUAGACUUCUACAGAUCCUGCUGCUCCCCCCCUCCCCCCCCCCCCCCCCCACUAAUCCUCACAGAUCCAUGUGGUCCUUGAAAUGUCCCAGUGUCUGUUCUGGGAAACAGGAGAUGCUGCUGGGAUCUGCCUGAGGCUUGCCCUGCUGUGCCCUCCUACCACUACUAUGCCUGCUGGAACAGGACCAUCCAGGACUAGCCAUGUGGGUCUUUGGGUUGUGAACUGCUGGGGGACAGGAGAUUAGGGGUGUGUGUGUGUGUGUGUGUGUGUGUGUGUGUGUGUGUGUCACGCACACAUCUGUGGUACCUACAGCAAAAAUGUAGCUAAUGAAGGCUCCAGCAGGCUGGCCUGACUGCACGUGCCAGGCAACCCUUUCAAGGCUAGGGCCCAUUCAAGCCAAGUUCUUCAGUGCCAUCUGGGUCCUAUCCUGGGCAGUAAUCUUGUCUCAACCUCCUUCCCACCUAGCAGGAGAGGAGUAUGCUAGCCUUCAGCCAGGGUCAUUGACCACUUGACUACCUGGCACACCCAGACCCAUGAAAGUGGGAGGCACUGCCUUGGUUCUGUUAUCAACAUGCUCCUCAUCCAUAGGCAGAUCCCCUCCAUCUCCUGCCCUUGGAAGCUGUGGCCCUACCGAGGACACUGGCCCACCUGGGAGUUCUGGGCUUGGUGUCCUGAGAUUGAGAACUGUAUGAGGCUAUGCUUAGAAAACUACCAGGAGCAGGGGUAGGCUGAGUCAGAGGAGUCCUCAUCUUUCCUGGGGUGAGAGGACCCAUUUUUCUUUCCUGUGACAUACCUGCCGAACAUGGUGCAUUUGUCUAAGGUGAGGACUUGGGUACAGGCCUCAGGGGCAGUCUCUAAGCACAGUGUUUGGCAGAGGUUGAGAUACACUGUGAAAAGAGCUUGAAGUAAGGAGUCGGGUAACUCUGAUGCUUAGAGCUCCAGAGCUUGGUUUACUUGCCCCUCCAGUUUUUCCAUAGUUAACCCUUGGUAGGAAAAAUUUAGCCUUUUAGACUGAAGGUCAAGGUGGCUCAAGUUCAUGGCUAUUUGGGCAUACUCUUUCUGGGAGACCUCAUCCCCUGCACAUACUUCUUUGAUUGGCUCCACAGCUCCAAUCACACACAUGCAAGGAGAGGGCAAGAACCAUCUGUCCAGCAGCUAGCCCUGGGCCUGGUCUACAGAGCCUAGCAUCUGAGCACCAGGUAUCCACCACAAAAGGCUCUAUGCCAGGUACAGACAGACCUGGGCAGCAGUCAUCCCUCUCUGUGCCUCAGUUUCCCAUUUCCCCUGCCUACCUCAUGGAGUUGUAAUGAGGAUUCCUGGAAAAGCACUUUGUCCCUUUGAAGGAUGACUAGAAGCCAAAGCCAUCUGAUAGGGCAGCAAUGAGGACAGUGAAGAUGGGUAUGUGUUGGCCUUAACCAUCAGUCACUGCUGGGCAACGCUGGGUGACACUGCGUGGGCAGGUAAAGUACUGUCCUGCUUCCAGGUUGGUCCCUGUCAUCCUCUCUGACAUGCUAGCCAGUGUCCUGGAGCAGACCUUAAGCAGAGCUGAUGGUAGAGGAACAGAUGGGGCCUAGGGCACAUGUGAAGGGGCUUGUCAUGCACCCUGCAGGUCUUCCUCCCAAGCGGAACACCAAGACUGCCUCUAGCCUCCACCCCAAAUGAACUCAUGGAUAUGUCCCAUCACUUAUAGGGCCAAGCCACUGGACUCUCAUGCUCUGGAAUUCCCCACACUCCUUACUGGUGAGGGGCCAACAGGGGCUGGCGGCUGGGGAGCCUGGACUUCUGCAGUCUGUCCUGUACGCUGUGAUUGGUUUCUAGGGUGUGUGUGUGUGUGUUGCUAGUACUUUUAAUGGAAAGCAGGAUUCAUGUAAAUAGCUUUUUCGGGAGCAGACGUUAAUCUGCUCCAUGUGACCAUGUGGAUGAUUUCAAGGUGCUGAAGCGACACUAAUAAACUGACGGCACUCUGGCCGCCCACUGCUGA